AUGUUGCGCGUCGUGCGCCACGGGAGCAAAAUCGGGCGCGCGUUCUCCAGCCGCUACCGAAACGAUUCACGCAUCGUAUUCGGCGAGUCGGUGCGACAUGCCUUGGAGCACAACCUUCCUGUUGUGGCCUUGGAAUCCACGAUUAUCACGCAUGGCAUGCCGUUUCCGCAUAACGUCGAAUGCGCUGUCGAGUGUGAACGCAAAGUUUUACAAGCAGGUGCUACACCAGCAACUAUAGCAAUUUUGAAUGGCCGAAUCACUAUCGGAUUGAACAACAACGAAUUGGAGCACAUUGGUAAAUUAAAAUCAGACGUGAUUAAAACAUCGCGGAGGGAUUUUGCCCAUGUGGUUGGAAAUAAAUUAAAUGGCGGAACAACAGUCUCUGGCACUUUGGUGGCGGCCCAAAUGGCCGGUAUCCGGGUAUUUGCCACGGGUGGAAUUGGCGGAGUGCAUCGUAACGGCGAGAACACCCUUGACAUUUCGGCGGAUUUACAAGAAAUGGGACGUACCCCUAUCGCAGUGGUUUCAAGUGGGGUGAAAUCUAUAUUAGACAUUCCUAGGACACUGGAGUAUUUGGAAACUCAAGGCGUAUACGUUGCAACUUUUGGCGAGACCAACAAUUUCCCAGCGUUCUACACACGAGAAUCGGGCCACAAGUCGCCUUAUCACGUUUCCUGCGCCCGGGAAGCAGCCGUGGUCAUCAAGGCAAACGGCGACCUGGGACUCCAAUCGGGCAUGCUGUUCGCUGUGCCCGUCCCAGAAGAAUUCGCGAUGGACGCCGAGGUGAUGGAGCACGUCGUCAACGAGGCACUUGCGCUCGCUGAAAAACGCGGGGUUCAUGGCAAGGAAAUAACGCCGUUUCUCUUGAGUCACGUCGCGAAGGCAACUGAGGGCAAAUCGCUUCAAACAAAUAUGAGUUUAGUGCAGAAGAAUGCGCAUGUUGCAGGAUGUAUUGCAAUGGAGCUGUGGUGUCUUGAACAGGACAAUGGAAAUGGUUCUACAGGAGCGUAUGAUGAUCAGACUAAAGCACAGGAAUGUCGCUCACCAAUUGUUGUCAUCGGUGGAUCGGUGCUGGAUCGAUGCGUGACCGUGCUGGACGAUGAGAUUACGGUGAGUGCGAAAUUAAUUACCGAAUACAUUUACAACACACCCCAAAUUGUUACAAUGCUAAACCGGACGAACAAAAAACCUAAUUUUUUCAAUUUAUUUGGUGGUAAAUGACACGCAAAACUUUUC